AUGUCAAAAUUCAUUAUGAUUAAUGGAACGCACAAGUUCUCUAGUAACAUGGAAUCAGAAGCUGGUUCUAGUGUCAGCGCCGCUAUCCCAGAUGAUAAGAGAAGACUUGCACUUGAACGUAUUGGGAAUCAAGAGAUGGAAUAUCGAAAGUUAGCACAAGCAAUCACCAAAAUGGCGGAUUGCCAGCGUGAAUUGUACCAGACAAUUGAGUCGAUAAAUGACGAAAAAGUGUCUGAAGUAUUCGCACAAUUAUUCUCUCAGUUAUCAAAUGAUGGCAACAACAUCAAUGUUAAAAAAGAUACAGAAAUUCCUCAAUAUAACCUCAUAAAUAGUAAAAAGAUAAUAUUACCCCAAAUUCCCUCAAUUUCUUCAUUUUCAAAAAGUAAUACUUCGAAUGAUACCACUAUGAAUAUUAGUAAAGAAGAAUUUAUGAAGGUACCAUUUUGGCCUUUUUCCGAUUCACAGCCAAUUUAUCUCCAAACAGCACAGCAUCCUGAUCCUGUAUCACAACAGAUUACGAACACCGAGAUUGAAGUUGAAAUGGAUCACAAUGAUGACGAUAAUAUACCACCACCAUCAUCUCCAAACACACCUGUUUCAGAAUACUGCAGCUCCCCAAAAAAUGAAAUAUCCAAAUUAUCCACAUCAGCAUCUUCCUCGAAAUUUCCCAGUUACUCUAAGCGAUAUCGAAGAAAUCGACCGGACAAACGCGAGAAAUGGAGUUUACUACAACGACAAUGGUUGACCCGUGAAUUUCGUGCACAUUAUGAACGACGGGUAAGACUUGACGAUAACGUCACCAAAAAAGGUGUCGCUUACGAGUUGGAGCAAUUGAUUCAGGGGCGACCAGAAAUUCAUGUUUACCAGUGUGUGAGGUCUUAUUUGACCGGUCGUACAUCGAUUACGAAUCUUGAGGUUUUGCAUGCGAUCGAAAAGUGGAUUAAAAUGGAGAUUGCACAUUGGGGUGAAUUAUCAGAAGAGGAUUUUUGGAUUGAUUAA